AUGUUUAGACAAUGCUACGAGAUUUGGCCUGGUGACGCACCAGCGGGCGCCGAGGUUCGUGAGGCCGCACAAAUCCUCGUUGUAUGUCAGCCAGCGCUUGGGAGCGGGACAACGCCGCCGAGUGUCCUCCGCUCCUUACCAAAGGUCCUCGCGCUCCCGAACGACCACAUCCCGAGGUUCGCGAACAAGACGAGGCUCUCGACGCUGAUGCCACGGAUGAAGAAAAUUACGACGACGUUGCUGGCCCUUCCAAUCAUCAACCACAACCGUCGUCAAGCAAGAGGGGUAGGGCUGAACAGCGAGCGCAGCGGCUACAGAGAGAUGGCGUGCUCCAGACCGGCGAUGCUCGUUGCGAGACGUGCAAAGCGCACGAGAGUAGCUCUAAACCAAGGCCAAAAAGUCGUAAAAGCGGCUUUCAAUGCCGUAUACUGGAGGGAGAAUCCCGCGCUUGUGCUCGCUGCGUUGCUGGGCGGGAAAGAUGCAGUUUGGUCGGACGUAAACGACACCAAGAGGCCGAGCAACUCCAAACAUCUAAGCGACGCAAGAAAUGAGCCCCCUCUGACACUCGGCACCCACCUACAACAUAUGUACACCUUCACCUCGUCUUACGAAGCCUCCUCUCAUUCACCUUGGCACUUGUCGACAACCAUUUGGGCAUUUACUGACCGUGACCUUCAAGACCCGUCAAUUACACAUAGAGACUCCCCCUUACCGGGACGGACCCACCUAAUAUCUGGGGCUUGA